CCCCCACACCUGGUGGAAGGAUUGAAGCGACCUGCCGAGGUGCACGCCUGCUGCCUUCGGGGGCGCGGGAGCCUGGGGGCUGCCAUGGCCCCCGGCCACCUGUCAGUGCGGGAGAUGAGGGAAGACGAGAAACCCCUGGUGCUGGAGAUGCUGAAGGCUGGUGUGAAGGACACGGAGAACCGUGUGGCCCUCCACGCCCUGACACGGCCACCGGCCCUGCUGCUCCUCGCAGCGGCCAGCAGCGGCCUGCGCUUCGUCCUGGCCUCCUUUGCCGUGGCCCUCCUCCUGCCCGUGUUCCUGGCUGUGGCAGCCAUGAAGCUGGGCCUGCGGGCCCGAUGGGGCUCACUGCCUCCCCCAGGCGGCCUGGGGGGCCCCUGGGUGGCAGUGCGCAGCUCGGGUGAUGUGUGUGGGGUCCUGGCCCUGGCCCCAGGCUCCAACGCUGGGGACGGGGCCCGGGUCACCCGCCUCUCUGUCUCUCGAUGGCACCGCCGCCGAGGUGUGGGCAGGCGGUUGCUGGCCUUCGCCGAAUCCCGGGCACGGGCCUGGGCGGGAGGCAUGGGGGAGCCCCGGGCCCGGCUUGUGGUCCCUGUGGCUGUGGCAGCGUGGGGCGUGGCGGGGAUGCUGGAGGGGUGUGGCUACCAGGCUGAGGGGAGCUGGGGCUGCAUGGGCUACACCCUGGUGAGGGAGUUCAGCAAGGACCUGUGACUCCGGACCCUGGCGGGAGGGAGAGCACUUAGUGAGCGACUACUGUAUGCGGGUUCUCCCUCUGGGAAUCCCCAGCCUGCCCGGGGCCCAGAGGCAGGCCUGCAGAGGGCAAGACACCCCACUGCAGGCUCAUGUCUGUCUGUAGUGCUCGAACUUUUCACAGAGGUCAACCUGUGCAGCCCCCUGAUCCAGAUUUUGUCUGCACUGAGAAACCUCCUCGGUCUGUCUGCAAAGGUCACACCGUUUGUGCUCCAGCCCGGGGGAGAGAUGUGGGGAGGAGGAGAGAUGUGGGGA